CAUUCUUUGACCCUUUUUAGUCAUAAAUCGCUAGAAGAAGCUGGCGAUUUCACUUCAAAUUGAAAAUAACGACUGAUCCGCAGCAGCUCCUCUCCUUCACCACCGUCAAAAUCCGCCUCCCCCUUCCGACCGCGGCUGCUCUUCCCCUGAAGUUUUCGUGAAGCGUUCAUGUAGAUCUUCAAUUUGUGUACAGAGAAAUGACAACUAAGAAUUUCGUUUGGAAUAUAGCUAAAAAGUACUUCACCGCAGGUCUAAUAGGCCUCACAAUUUCUGACCGAUAUGCGAGCCUUACAGCUGUUCGCGGUUCAUCAAUGUCUCCCACUUUGAAUCCCCAUGCCGGAAACUCCAGCAGAUUUGCGUUUGAUGAUUACGUAUUAAUUGAGAAAUUAUGUCUCCAGAAAUACAAAUUCUCACGAGGCGACGUCGUUGUUUUCCGUUCCCCAAGUAAUUAUAAGGAGAAACAUGUGAAGAGAAUUGUUGGCUUGCCUGGUGACUGGAUCGAUCUCUCUUCGAUUGACACCUUGAGGGUCCCUGAAGGACAUUGUUGGGUUGUGGGAGAUAAUGCAGCUUUUAGCACAGACUCGAGAUCACAUGGCCCGAUUCCUAUGGGUUUGAUUUGUGGACGAGUUACACAUGUUGUAUGGCCACCUCAAAGAAUAGGUAGAAUUGAUGGUACAGUCAGCAUUUUGCCUGAAGUGCAGGUUCAUGUUUCAGAAGAACAUUGAGACUGAGUAUUUCAUGGUUGAAAGACCAGCCAACAAGCUCGUCUUUUUCUCGAGAUUUUCUUACACCAAUAUCCUAUUUGACAUCUAUUUGAGGCUUUUAAAACCUCAAAUAGAUGGUGAUUUUUUUCUGGAUUACAUUUCCUUUGUUCCCCAUUCUAUCAUUUUCUUUAUUUCUUCGAUUUCUCAGUUGCUUUCGGUUAAGAGUUGGGCUUAACAAUUUAUAAAAUUGCAUUGCGUAAUUUGGACUAGAUCCUCAAGCAAUAUGGGCCGGACCUUUCAUCUCGGGCUUAAUAUAAUGUUUGUAUCCAGAAUUAGCCCACUG